UAAUAUUAACGAGGCUGAGUGUGUGAGUUCUGUCAAAUCUCUAAUAGGAAUCCGCUUUCUUCGUCGGGUGACGCUGUGACAUUUCACCUGAUCUGCGGGAGCGUUCAAAUCUUGCGGUGCUCCAUUAAAAAAAAUUAAAAAGUGGGCAAAUAGUGUGUGGGUUGCAUACCUGGCCAGAUCGAAAGCGCCUGUCACAGGUUGGAUAAUUACCCGCCCCUGAGAGAUCGAGAGAGAGCAAAAAAAAUGCAGAAGGAAUAAUUAAUGAAGAAAUCGGGCUGAACAGGAGGAGAGGAAGAAGCAGUGGACUGGCGUUUUAAUUUGCUUUCGAAAUCGCGAAGCCUUGUGGAGGAGGGUGUGUGUGUGUGUAUGUGUGUCUGUGUAUGUAGCGUGUGUGGAGGCUGCGGCGGCCCGUAGUACAGGAGAUCUCUGGAGGAGAGCAGCUGGACCGUUGUAGUCAGCUGUGGCCCGCUGGAAGCUGCAGCAGCCCCGGAGCGAGCGAGCCCAUCUCCCCGGGCCCUAGAGCACCGCCUCCCCGCCACCUGCACCACACUGGGGACUGUGACCUUGAGCUGAGCGGCGGCGACGGCCCCAUUCGCACUUCUGCUUUGACUGGAGGAGGAAGGGGGCAGAAACAAAAAGGGGAAAACAAAACAUUUCUCUCUCUGUUUACACUUCAUGGGGAUGUGUUCAAGGCAGGAGCGGAUACAGACAGACAUAGACAGCGUACUCCAGAGGUGCAAGGCGGACAAGGACUGUCUGUUUUCCGAUUUCAGAUAUUCUGAUUCCACCUUCACCUACACAUACACAAGAGGCUCGAAGAGGGUGUCCUAUUCAGUUCAUGUCUCCGAGGAUUAUCCAGACAAUACCUAUGUGUCCAAUUCAGAGAAUGACGACGAUGUGCUAGUCACUAGAGACCCCAUUCCAGUCAUUUUCCAAAGAAUAGCAACAGAAUUACGGAUCAAUAAUGAUGCCACAAGUUGCCUGUCGGUCAGAACGAAGCUGCACAAUGAAAGGUGCCAGGAGUCCAGACACAGUUGCACAAUAGAAGAGGAUUCAGAAGGAGACAACGAUUCGGAAGAAUUUUAUUACGUGGGCCAGGGUAACUAUGAUGGAGAACUUCAUAAGCAUCCACAGCUUGAGGCUGACCUGGCAGCUGUGAGAGAGACCUAUGGGCCUGGAGCAGUAUCCCUCAGGGAGUAUGGAGCAAUUGACGAUGUGGACAUCGACUUGCACAUUGAUGUCAGCUUUCUUGAUGAGGAGAUUGCUGUUGCUUGGGAUGUAAUUCGCACAGAACCAGUGAUAGUACGUCUGCAUUGCUCUCUCACGCAGUAUUUAAAUGGUCCAGUUCCAACUGUUGAUGUUUUCCAGACAUCGACAAAGGAUCGAUUCGGACUGGGACAUCAGUUGAAAAAAAUAAUGCAGACUUUUGUUACACAUCAGUGGAAGCAGAACAGCAAAGAGAAGCUCAACUGUCCCCACGGUAAAAAGAUCAGUGAGAAGAAAGUGAAAUCUCCUCUACACAUUUUUUCAUCAUUGCGCAGGUCGCCAAGCUAUCCUCCACCUGGAUGUGGCAAAAGCAAAUCAAAGUUGAAACCAGAACAGGAUGGAAUUACCAAGUCUCAGAAACUGUUAAAGAGGAGCUGUUCAAAUGCUAUCAAGGUGGAAGAUGGCUGUGACUCCAAACCCCAUAAACCUCUUGGCCGUUCUUUCACCAGUGACACCAGAGCUGAACAGGCUAAUUCUACAAAGCCACAUAAACUUUUAAGUCGGUCGUGUUCUGCUACCAUGAGGCUGGAUGAAAAUCUUCCCUUGAAGCCCCAUAAGUUGCUGAGCAGGACAUGUUCUGGUGACCCCAGAUGUGAGCACAACAGUGCCCCAAAACCUCAUAAGCUGCUGAGCAAAUCCUGCUCCAGCACUAUGAAGACAGAGGACUCAGAUGGACUGAAACACCACAAACUGCUGAGCAGAUCUUACUCUAGCAAUGCCAAAGUGGGUAAAACGGAGCUGUGUAAAGAACCCACUUCUGAGGGUAGAAGACUCUCACUUACCUCAGGUCUUAUUGGCAUAUUAGCGCCUUCCUCUUCAUCACAGCCUACAUCUGGCUAUAAUACGAGAACACCAGGAUCAAGAGAGCAUGGGUUUCUCGUGCAGACCAUUGAGUAUGCAGAACAACGGAUACCAGUCCUCAAUGAGUACUGUGUGGUGUGUGAUGAACCCCAUGUCUUUCAGAAUGGGCCAAUGCUCCGGCCAACAGUAUGCGAGCGGGAGCUGUGUGUAUUUGCAUUCCAGACUUUGGGUGUAAUGAAUGAAGCUGCAGAUGAAAUUGCAACAGGGGCACAGGUGGUGGAUUUGCUAGUAUCCAUGUGCCGAUCCGCUCUGGAAUCUCCCCGAAAAGUCGUCAUUUUUGAGCCAUAUCCAUCUGUGGUGGAUCCCCUUGAUCAUCGGAGCCUGGCAUUUAACCCAAGGAAAAAAGACUAUGAACGAUUAGUUAAAGCACUGGACAGCAUCACAUCCAUCAGGGAAAUGACCCAGGCACCAUACUUGGAAAUCAAGAAACAAAUGGACAAGCAGGAUCCUCUGGCACAUCCUCUGUUACAAUGGAUAAUUUCCAGCAACAGAUCCCAUAUUGUAAAAUUACCUGCAAACAGGCAACUAAAGUUCAUGCACACUCCACACCAGUUUCUGCUCCUCAGCAGUCCACCGGCCAAAGAGUCCAAUUUCAGGACAGCAAAGGAACGUUAUGGGAGUACUUUUGCAUUUCAUGGCUCACAUAUAGAGAACUGGCACUCCAUUUUAAGGAAUGGUUUAAUUGUCGCAUCAAAUACACGAUUACAGCUUCAUGGUGCAGUGUACGGGAAUGGCAUCUAUCUUAGCCCAUUGUCAAGUAUUUCUUUUGGUUACUCAGGGAUGAAUAAAAAGCAGCAGAAGGUGGCAGCCAAGGAUGAACAGCCUUCAAACAAUAAAGCAGCCACUUUACAGUCACAGAAAAAAGGACAGCAACCCCAGUUUUUGCAAAGUCGUAACCUAAAGUGUAUAGCCUUAUGCGAAGUGAUUACUUCACCAGAUUUGCACAAACAUGGAGAAAUUUGGGUAGUUCCACAAACAGAUCAUGUCUGCACAAGAUUCUUUUUUGUUUAUGAAGAUGGCCAAGUGGGCGAUAUCAGUACAAACACACAAGAACCCAGCAUACAUAAAGAAAUCCUUCGAGUCAUUGGAAAUCAGACAGCAACAGGUUAAAAGAAUCACACAUCAUCACUGACUGGAUCAGAACACAUUUUAUGGCUUUUAAGCUGCAGUGCAGUUUUGAACUAAAAUAUUAACAAUCUGAUUUCAAAUACACAAAAAUGAGAUUUUGAAUAACGCACUUUAAUUUUUGGAUUUCUUACCUGAACCCAACAAUGUUAAUAAUUCCAAGUCUGGGGUGUAGGUUUUGUCAAAUGAUGGCUUUGUUAUAGAUUUUCCUGACAGGAUUGACCCAGAUUUUAUUCACCUUUGGCACUGGUGGAGCACUGAGUGUGGAGGUUGAAGCAGUUGUAUCCAAGUUGUGCUCCUGUGCUCAUUUAAACAGUGGGUCCUGACAAAGUGUAAAACUGUGUAGUAUCUGAAAUGAAUGAUAUACAAUUGGGCUUGUGGGGAGUGCUUGAGGAGGAAAGAUUUUCCUCAGGCAUUAUCUGAUUCAAGGAGCCAUUUUCCUUUCCACAUUUAUCAAGUGUUUUGUUCUUUUUCUUUCUUCAUAAAAUUCUCUAAGUUUUAGGAAUGCUGAUAUAAUCCUGUCCCUUCAAGAACAGGAGCUUGCAUUUUAAAACGUCAGUGUGUGUUAUAACACCCUGGUUGUGCCAGUCAAACCAUGAUGAUAUCUGUUUAGAAAUAGAUCAUAUUACAAUGGCAAAAAGAAAUUAUUUCAAAAAACUGCCUGCGGUGCUUUGAUUGCAGGCCUAAGUGGAGCCAAACCCUUUCUAAUGUGCCAUAGAGAUGCCACCUUUUAUAUGAAUGAGACCCUUUUUUAAAACUCAUGGUGGUGAUUAGCAUUGGUGCUGGCUGCCUCUCCAAUUUCUUUUUACGAGAAACUAAAGGUAAAAAAAAAACUGUCAGCACAUUGAGAAAUGAUAUGCCAAAAUGUACUUUUUUUUAAACUAGAGCUUUGGUGGAAAACUUUAGCAUAUUGAGACAAGAAAAGAUGCUCAUUUUGAUAUCUUGACUGGUCCAAAAACACAACAUUAUUUUCCAUAAAGUGGCACAUUUAUUUUGAAAAUCAGGGUUGGUUUUCAAUGAUAUCUCUAAAGAAAAGAAAUGUAUUAUACUGUUGAAUCAUUUGCUGUUGUGAAACAGAAUUUCUUUAAAGAUAGUACCCUCUCACUUCUAUCUCUUGAAUAGAAUUAAUGCAUUGCUCUUAAACCUUCAAAAUUCUGGCAAUGUUGAAUUCCCUACUGAUAACUUUCUAGGUGCGGUUUACUGGGUUUUGCUGGUUAUUAUGUACAAACAAAAAGGUAAACAUUUUUGUUAACUAUUUUGUCCAGUAUUGUAUGAUCUUUUAGUAAAGCAUGUGGAUGUGACCACAUGACAUUGAAUUAAUGAUGUCAUCAUCACAUGACAGUAAUUGGCUUCUAAUUUGAAAAGUUUAAUUUUGCAAGUAACAUUUUGUUGUAAUGCUGGGUAUUAUAUUUGUGGGGAAAUACCCUCUUCAAUCUGUCAUGUAAGUCAUAAAACCAUGUUAAUCUUGGCUUUAUUUAAAAUAUGAAAAGAAAUUAAGUAUUUUGUUUAUAUAUAUUAAUAAUGUGUCACAUGUUGAAUUGUAGAGGGGUUUACACUGGAGAGAUUGAUAGUCUGUGUUGUUUGUGUUGUAAUGGUGCAGACAGGGACUUGAUGGCACGAAGAGAGCAUUACAAUACUUAUAUUUUUCAUUAAAGUUGCGCAAAGUUACAGACACAAUAUAGAUACAAGCACAAAAUAUUUUACAAUGCAUAUUCCACCUUUCUUUACCAAACACAGUCAAAACCAACAUUUAAUUUGAAACUGUUCAAUUUCAAAGUUUGAGAAAUAGCACUCUUCAGAAUGUUUGCCCUGUUUCAUUUUUUUUUGCUGUCUCCCUUCAUAUUGGUGGUACCAACUUCAGUUUUUAAAAAAAAGUCAGGUAUGGAAAAAGUUUACAAAUCAAACUUUCUAUAGACUUGAGAUUUGUUUAAUAUACAAAAAUCUCAUAUUUUGAAAACAUCUAACAUUAGCAUUGUCCACUGGAUUGUCUUAACAUUUAUGUCAUUUUAAAAAAGUCACUGUUGCUACAUUUUUCAAAUAUUUGAGCUUAUUAUAAACAUCUGUAUGUAACAACAAAGGUAUGCAAUGUAAACUAAUUCUUCAAAACUGGUACCAGCAUAUAUUGUAUACUUGUACCUUUUUGUCAAAAUGAAGAAGGUUUGAUAGGAUCUCUAGUCAUUGUCACUUGGUUUAAAAAAACAUACCAGAAGUUCACGGUUUUUAAUCAUGAUUUAAAAUAUUUUUUAAAAUUAUAUUUAUGUUCUGCAUUUUAGUAUAUGUCACUUCUUUUUAUCUUCUUGUGGAGUUUCUUUAUACAAUUUCUUGUAUGCUAUUAAAUCACCAGUCCAGCACUAUCUGGAUCUCUACAGUGCAGUUCAUAGAUCCUCAGUCAGGAACUAGGGUGAACUUUUCAGGCAAUCAGCACUGUGCAUUUAAAAUUACCCUUAGAAAUAACUUGGAAUGUGUAUGUUUACAUUGAGAGCCAUUAAGGGCUGUGAGUUUCAAUGAUUUUGUUUUGGAUUAAUUAGAGAUGAAAUCUAAUUUCAGUAGACACACAAAAUGGAUGGUAAUGAACAAAAUAAAUGGAAAUUAAAAUCAGAAAGGGUGAAGUUAACACCUGUUUUAUUCCCCUGCCAAAGUGGAAUUUUUAUUCAUAAUAUUUUUAUUCUGUGUUAUUCAGCAAGUUGAACUUUUCUGGAAGAUCUAUAUCUGACUAAGCUUUGGUUCUAGUACAUAGUAUGGUGAGGAGAUGCCUAUAUUUUCAUUCCAGAUAGAAUCAUGAUAAAGCGCACAUUUUGUUUUGAAUAGCAUAUUUGUUUCAUUCACUGAGUAAAAUUAUUUUUAUUAAAAGUAUUUUCUAUUGCUAAUGAAAUAAGUUAAACCAAUUCUUCUCAUUGAUGUAAAACAAAAUUGGCAGCAAGAUGUGCUACCUGAGCGAGUUGAGAUAAAUGAAAGUGCAGUGACACUUUCUUUGCAUCAAUAUUUUGAAUACCAUCCAGUGGAGGGACCAGUUUCUGUACUGACACACUACAAAAAUCUUUUUCAUUAAUGUGAAAGACAUACAAGUCAGGUCACCUCUAUCCACCACCAAAUCUGGCAACAUCAUUGCCAGCUUAUCUCCAGAAGUACCAAGAGAAUUAAAUUCCUACUUGCCAGCUGGAAUUCUGUCACCACAGCUCUUGGCACUUCUCCCAGUCCCAUCCCCAAGAACUACAGAGGCAGACAGUUCUCAGUUGGCAGCUGCCAGUCAUCCACUUGGGUCCUUACAGAAAGGUAAGUGUGGGUGAAGUAGCAGCGAUGGGGAGGAGGGCACUGGCGAAGAUGGUGAGAGGAAAGGACUGGAGGAUACUCUGAGCUAGUAAUCCCUUCUAAUGCCAGGUUCUUCAAACAGGCACUGAGUUUCUCCAAACAGAAGGGAUCUCCUCUGCAAUCCUCCAACCAGGCUGCAAGCUAAUUGAUCUAGUUUACUUGGUGUUCUGUCCACGAGCAGAGUCCUCCCCAUGCCACUGGUUUAGUAGCUGCGCUGGCCUAAAUUGUGCAUGAACUUCCAAUUCAAUUCGCACUGAGCAAAAAGACUGCCUGUAAGCCAUCUUGCCUCAAAUUGGGAGUUGUGAGAAUAGUAUGUCCACAUCUCCCUGUCCUCAUACACUCCCCUCACUUCCCACCACCAAUCAGAUAGUUUGAGCGCCUGUCCAUCUCUGCGAAUUCACACAUAAGAGCCUUACGUUUCAUCCCAAUGUGAGAAUUGAUUGUGGUGGGCUUUUGCAAGAGUGAUAGGAAUUCCAAUACAUUGGCAGUGCUUUCGUGCAGUAAUUAUUAUUGUGGUGUGUUGUAGAAUGUGUUUUUGCAAUAUGGAAUGCCUUUUUCGUGAGUUAACUAUUGACUUUGUAAGCCUAGCCUUUGAAUACAUAUUGAAAGAGUGCUCCAUACCCAGAGCUGCUGUCUACUAUGUGAAAUAAUACAUUAGGGCUCCAUUUACCAGUUCUUUUUGCCCAGGUGGAUGUAAAGAUGUUGCACCAUGCCUCAGAGAAGAGCAGUGAUCUUUUCUCCCCCCCGAUUCUAGUUUUCUAUGCCCAAUUGAAUGUGUGGGAUCUUACUGUUCCCAAAUUGGCUGCCACAUUUAUCUACAUCCCCUGGUGGUGAAUUACUUUGAAACCUCCUUGAGACAUAACAAGAAGAUAUUUAAAAAAAUACAAGUUCUAUAUUUCUCCUUCCUCUUUGGUAUUCCUACAAAGUGCAGAGUGAAGUUGAACAUAUCUCAAGAUCAAACAUCAGUUAUAAUACUACACUCUUAACAGUGGGAGCAAAAAAAAGUGGAAAAAUGCUGACUUGUUCAAAGCUAAUAUGACUGUGAUGGAACCUGACCUUCAAGCCCAGUAGCAUACUCUCAUUUAUUACAAGAGACUGAAAUGAUGAAACUCUGAAUUUGAUAAGAGCCAAUUGAAGUAAUGUCCAUCAAGCUGCGCGAAGAUGCGCCAGUAUCUACGAGUUGCAAAUCUGCCAAAAUAUCCAGCUGCCCUUUGACACAGGUGUUUAGGAAAGAAACAAAAUGGGGACGUCAAUCUGUUUUUUUAAAAAAACAGAGCCAUUGGGAGGAAAGACAAGUAGGUAAACAUUGAUGGAAAUAAACGGUUGUGGAGAUGGAUGGAACACUACCUGGAGUUGUACUUUAGGAAGAACAUUGUCUCCAAGGACACCACAGAACAACCAUAGCAAAACUGAAUAUCAACAACUCAACACCUUGAAAAAGCUACUGAUUUACUUGUGAUGGACAAAGUGCUAUGUUCCUGAUGCUGUACUAUCAGAACUUAGCAAGCAUUGGAAACUGGCACAACAGCAGCCUUUGUGUCUGCCUCAGAGAGCAGGCAGCACCAAAGCAUCUGCACAAUGCAAAGACUGUAAUGCCAUAGAAGUAUGUCUGUAAUGGUUACCACAACUAUUGAGGUAUCUUUCUGCUGGGCACCAUGGGAAAAAAAAUUGGUUAUUUUGUUCAACUUCCGAUCUGGCUGAACACAUCUAUCCCAUGUCCCACUGUUGGUUUAGAACGGAAAGAUCCACAAUGACUGAUGUUCUCAGUCCAGUAGGUACAAGAGAAAAGCCACGAACAAAGACAUCUAUCUCAUCAGUGCAUUUGAACAUGUGAGAAAGGGCCAUCUUAGAUUCUGCAGACUAUUUCCUGCCCAUUAAAGCCACUCAAUGAGAUCUCUUUCCAUAACAACAUAAAGGGAACUGUCAGCUGUGAUGGGACAGCAGCAGAAUGUUUGAUGUUCAGAGUGCGGGUCAAACAGGACGGUAUUCUGACACUGAUGGUCUUUGGCAUAUGUUUUUCUUUGCUGCUAUCGUAUAUCUUUGGUCACUUACUGGGUUUCUACUUGUAUAUCAGCAUAGAUGGAAAACUGUUUAGACUUACUUUCCUGAAAUCCAAGAUGAAAGUACACCAGGUCUUCAUCAGUGAGUUGCACUACCCUGACACUGUUGCACUAAGAUUCCAUAAUGAGUAACACCCGAAGUGACAAAUUAAUAGACCCCUUCAUGCCUGUAAGAGUGGUUUGAUGUUCAACAUGAGGAAAUGAGAUGAUCUAAGACACUGGGAUGCCAUCAUCUUGAAGCAUCAACAAUAUAAUGCUGGCAGUUGUUGGUAGCUUCAUAUAUCUAGGCUCCACAGUCACCAGCAAUCUGUCACAUGAUGCUAGAAUCCAUUACCAAAGCUGCAGCUGCUAUGCCUAACUAAGGGUGUAAGCAACUAUAGCACCCUGACUGAGAACACCCAACUGUGAGUCUACCACAAUGUACUGUGUCCUCAGUGCAGUCCACUAUAGCAGAGAAGUCAGGACAACAUACGCUAGGCUGGAGAAAAGGUUGAACAGUUUUCUGUCUUCACUAACAUGUAAUCUGGUUACCUCUUGACAGAGGUCCUGCAGUGUGCGAAUUCUGUCUGUGUACACUAAGGCCAAACAUAUUUGUGCUUGCAUGGCUAUGUUCAAACCAUGGAGAAUGGCCCCUAUCCUUUUGUACAUAACUUGGCCACCUCCGGGGCAUCUGCACCUCUACCACAAAGACACUUACUGACAGUAACAACCUGUAGACUGUCACUGAUGAUGGUGGCUUCUGGAGACUGACUAUUUGGAAGGGCAUUGGUCGAGGAGAACAGAAAAAUAAAAAGCUGAGUUGGACGAGAAAUCAUCUCAAGAAAAUAGAAAGCAGUGAUUUGCCAGUUCAGUCUUCCUGAUGCAAAACAAAAUGGGGCAAAGACUAAUCAUGCUGGAUCAAGACUCCUAACUACACCAGGUAAUUGACGACCAUAGCUCAAACCAUGGUCUUGCAAGAUGGAACUGGGCUACAGUAUACCAUGCCAAUAUAUUUCUUACAAAGUGCCUCUUUAUUUUGGAAUGUCUUGGUGUGUUUCACAUAAAGACUAAUAACCAAAAGGCCUCUGCAUUGAAUAACAGGAACCUUUGCUAGUCACUGAACAUCUUAGAAAUGGGCUAAGUUUUAGAUUAUGAUUUUACAUCUACAUCUAGGAGAAAAUACAACGUAUGUAUUUGGUUUAAUUUCUCCAUGUUUCAGUUCUUCAGUUGAAAAAAUGGUUUUUGACAUAACUCUUGAAUGUUGUAUGUGAAGACUAAGCAUUUUACCUUUUAGGGCUGGGUGGUGUAGAAUGUGGGGUUCUUGGUCUGCAUCGCAUACUUUUCACUGCAUUUCUUCUGAGACUCCUUUUUAUAGAUCACCACAGCUGUCAUGCUGCAGGAGCCUUCUGAGUCCAACCAUUGCUUCCAUCUCCCACUCAUUGAGGGCUGCAGUAGUCACAAAUUGAUCAUGCUCCUGAGAUGUGUCAGUAAUGAUGCGGCUGCCCAUUGGCCACACUGAAGUGAAAUAACUUUCCGCUGACCAUACGUGAAAAACAAACAGCAGCUUGUGAACUCCUAACAAGAAGAAAAACCAAUAGAGGAGCAGUGAUCUAUCCACCCAUGUAAUGAGGUACAAAAUGAGCUACCUCUAGCCAAAAAGAGUGCAAUUUGUAGCAUUUUGUAUAGUUCUAUUUUGUUUGUUGCAGUUAGUGCCUGACAGUAAACAAACUGUAUAGUGUAACUGCAGUCUAAGAGGUUAAGGAUGUAUGCUUAGCACACAAGCAUUGCUACAUGUUUUGAGAAAUUAUUUGAUUAAAAUGUUGCAUGAGCAAUGCAGUAUAUUUUAUGUUAAAACUGCUGAGAAAUUAUAUUUUUUCAAAAUAAUUUGGAUCUAGUGAUGUACAUAUCAAAUUAUCUUAUCAAUAAUGUUACAAUUUUAUCACUCAGCUGUGCUUUCUUGUGCGCAUUUCAGUCCCUGCAGACCUGCUAUCACGCUUGGGUGUUAUAGCAAAAUGUGAUAGGAGUGUGUGGUUAAUGGGCUAGCGUGUCAAGAAUGUAGAUUCUAUCUCAGCUAACAACCUGUUCAUCCAGCUCUACACCUUGUUAUCACGGAUUCUCCAGCAUCUGCAGUUCCUAUUAUCCCGAUACAAUUUUAACCCCAAUGCAAAGUUUCUUCUAAGGAUGCCUACCCUGAAGAAGUUAUCCUCCUCCCUCCAGACAAAACUCAGCGGAUCUCUCUCCCAUUGCAACUCUCUCGUAAUCCAUCCCCGUCUCUUUGACUUGUACGUCUCCUCUCCACCUAUCUUCUAUCCGCCUCUCCCCUCUCCCAAUUUAUUUCAGAACCCCCUUCCCCUCCCCCAUUUCUGAUGAAGGGUCUCGGCCUGAAACGUCAGCCUUCCUGCUCCUAUGAUGCUGCUUGGCCAGCUGUGCUCAUCCAGCUCUACACCUUGUUAACAACCUGGACCAUUGUUUUUGUCCCAAUAUUACUGCCAGAAUUCUUUUUAGUUUUUCAUUAAAUGGUGAUCAGCUGAUAUUUGAAAAAAUACACUUCUUUGUGUGACAUUCUGUAGCUUUAAGUGAUUGUAAUUAAAUUAAAAGCAAAAUUAGUGAAAAUAAGUUUUAACAGCCUGUUUUCACACCCUGCUGAAUUGGCUUUCCCAUUGUGGUGUCAGGCAGUGUGAGAAAUGGACUGACAAACCUUUAUAACCUACCUGGUUUUGCACAAUUGAUUUCACCUCAAUUACUUAGGGCUGAAUGACUUGUUACUUUUACUGUUCCAAUGAUUUAACUGAGCUUUUUUCCCAUAAAUUUAAUGAAAAUCAACCUUGCACUUACCGAUGGAUUAUCCAGUCAAAAUAGUUUGUUUUCAGAAAACCAGACUAUAAGCUGCCACAUGAUUAACAAGAUAAGAGAUGGGUGUUUAGAACAAGAUCCAAGAAAUGAACUGAUCCUUUCAAUUCCAUAUAUGAAGCCUAACAAGGUUGGGUUCAUCUGUGUUCAGAUUUUGAACUAGCCCAUGAUAAUAUUACAAAAAAAGUUAUUUGUUUUAUAAUACCUGUUAUAUGUUACAAAUGGAGAUAAUCAGUGAAACAAGAGAAUCUAGCAAACUAAAAUUUUGAUUUCAAAUGUAAAUGUUAAGACAUUUCAGUUUUGCUUUCUUAAUGAUUUUGAGAGGGUAUUAGUGAUAAUUAUUGUAUGCUAGUAAGUGCAAGGACAUCAAAAUCAUCCAGCUAACUGCUGUGUAUCUCCUCAGUGCUUUUAAUAUGUCGGUAUGUUAACUGCAGAAAGUAAGUUCCAGGUUUAGAAAAAUGGUCCAAUAAUAGGUCAACAUCUAAAAGCUAGAGAUGGUAUUAUUUUGUGAGUUUCAUCAUCAGAAGAUUAGAAACGCAUCCAAAAGUGUAAUCCAAAUUUACUGUUUGAGAUUUAUAUCAUUAGUCAUCUUUGGAAUUAAAAUUGAUCUUUGUCAGAAAUGCAAGUCGGGUGAUAGUCAGCUGGCAGUCCAUUUACCCCACACCAUUUUAAAUCAGACAGUGUGAAAUGCACCAUUGAUUCGUUGUAGCCUGUUCUGUGCUGUGCCAAAGACCAACCUUACCCUAUUUUAUCUCAUCAUUUAAGUUCACAUCACUAAUUACACAGUACUUAAACAGAGUACACACCAAUGUAAAACUCAAUGCUUUCGCUUCCAUUUGAAUCAGGGUGAAAUUGACUCGGAAAAGAAACCAAGCAAGAUAUAAAACAGCCUUUUUUUUUGCUAUUACUUAUUCUGUACUGCUGUUGAAGAUCAAUUUCACCACUACUGUGUUCAGUUCCAGGUAUUUUGUUCCUUUCAUGCUUUCCUUUCAAAUCUGAUACAAAAUGCAGAGCAGCUGUCAUAACAGAUGUAAUUGUAAUUCAGUACCUUAGCUUUCAGUGCCUUAGAAAUAUAAGAUACUGUCAACAACAACAUCAAUGUACAUGAUGUAAAUAUUGUCAAAAAUACAGAGGCCAAAUAUUUUCUGUACAUGGUUCACAUUGCUUUUAAUUAGAACUUCAACUCCUGUCGCUGUUUAAUUUCUCUUUAUUUGGAGUUUUGUUUGCUGGUUUGCAAACUGUUUUGAUCAAUCAUUGAUGUAAAUGCUUAAUUAAAAAGAAAUCUUU